UUAAAGUGUAUAUAUUUUUAUAUAAUUAAUAAGUCUUUUGUGAAGUAUUUUAGAAGACAAAAAUGCAGGCUAUCAAGGACAAGUUUAAUGAUAUGAGCGCCAUGCGCAAGGCCAAAGGUGAAGCUAAAGAGGAGGAAAAAGCUGAGAAGGAGUUGGCAAAGGUAAGAGUAGAAGUAGCACAUGAAGUAAGAUUGGCAAGAGAGGCAGAAGCAGCCAUGGAUUUACAUGUCAACAAAGCAGCUCAGAAGAUUGCAAAUGAAGAGGAAAAGUAUGUUCAUGAUCAACCUGCAGGAGGAACCCUGGACCCUUAUGCUUCUAGCUUCACCAACACUCACCUCAAUAAUGCUGGAACAGCACCAACUAACCAUCUACUUUAAAUUUUUUUUUUUACGGCGAAGCCAGGAAUUUCACUAGGGAAUUCAAAAUAUAAAUAAAUAAAACAAACAUAAGAAUAAAUUAAGAAAAAUUAACAUUUAAUAUAUAUACUGAUGAAGGAGAUUCGGAUAAAUCCCUUGUGAUGAUUGCGUAGCUCAGCACAUGUUUUUGUACUAGGUAGUUUGAUGCCUCUAG